GGCGGCGGCGCGGCCGGGGCAGCCAUGUCGCCAUUGUCUGCGGCGCGGGCGGCCCUGCGGGUCUACGCGGUAGGCGCCGCGGUGAUCCUGGCGCAGCUGCUGCGGCGCUGCCGCGGGGGCUUCCUGGAGCCAGUUUUCCCCCCACAACCUGACCGUGUUGCUAUAGUGACGGGAGGGACAGAUGGCAUUGGCUAUUCUACAGCGAAGCAUCUGGCGAGACUUGGCAUGCAUGUUAUCAUAGCUGGAAAUAAUGACAGCAAAGCCAAACAAGUUGUAAGCAAAAUAAAAGAAGAAACCUUGAACGACAAAGUGGAAUUUUUAUACUGUGACUUGGCUUCCAUGACGUCCAUCCGGCAGUUUGUGCAGAAGUUCAAGAUGAAGAAGAUUCUUCUCCAUGUCCUGAUCAACAAUGCUGGGGUGAUGAUGGUCCCUCAGAGGAAAACCAGAGAUGGAUUCGAAGAACAUUUCGGCCUGAACUACCUAGGGCACUUCCUGCUGACCAACCUUCUCGUGGAUACGCUGAAAGAGUCUGGGUCCCCUGGCCACAGCGCGAGGGUGGUCACCGUCUCCUCUGCCACCCAUUACGUCGCUGAGCUGAACAUGGACGACCUUCAGAGCAGUGCCUGCUACUCACCCCACGCAGCCUACGCCCAGAGCAAGCUGGCCCUUGUCCUGUUCACCUACCACCUCCAGCGGCUGCUGGCGGCUGAGGGAAGCCACGUGACCGCCAACGUGGUGGACCCCGGGGUGGUCAACACGGACCUCUACAAGCACGUGUUCUGGGCCACCCGUCUGGCGAAGAAGCUUCUCGGCUGGUUGCUUUUCAAGGCUCGCAGGAUGUUCGUUCACAGCUUCCACCUGAAGGACCACGUGGCCUCUCAUCAACGAUGCGACAUCACUAGCCAGAGUUCUCGAAACGGCAACAUGCUUGUGGAGGCGUGCAACGCUGCAUGAAGGAACCCACAGAUGAGGACCGGUGACCUCAUUUGGUAACGUGGACAGAAGGUGGCAAUGACUUGAGAGGGAGGGCUUCCCUCCACAUCGGAUAACCGAGGAGCAAAAGAUGGAGGAGGAAUCCAGCAGUGCAGGAUGUCUGCGCCGGAAGGCAGCUUCGGAAUCAGCCAGGUCAAGAGACGGUCGACAGAACCACCUAGAGAGAGAAACAAGGUUUAAUCACACCUGCUGUUUUCCACCUGCGUGACCCUGCACAGGUUAUUAAACCACCCCAGGCACCAGUUUUCCAUUCUGUGCUGGGGUAACAACAAAUACCCCUAAGUUAUGAGAAUAAAAUCAGAGCAACUGCUCAACAUUGUGGUUGCCAGCCAGGCGCGGUGGCUCACGCCUGUCAUCCCAGCACUUUGGAAGGCAGACGCAGGUGGCUCACAUGAGGUCAGGAGUUCGAGACCAGCCUGACCAACUUGGUGAAACCCUGUCUCUACUAAAAACACACAAAUUAGCUGAGCGUGUUGGUGCGUGCCUGUAAUCCCAGCUACUCGGGAGGCUGAGACAGGAGAAUCGCUUGAACCCAGGAGGCGGAGGUUGCAGUGAGCCGAGAUCUUGCCACUGCAUUGCAGUCUGGGUGACAGAGCAAGACUCUGUCUCAAACACAAACAAACAAGAAAGAUUGUGGUUGCCAUGGUCAAAUUCUAGUGGAACCUAUUCUCUUUAGUGAGACAGAAGCAACAAAAGAGACUGGCUAAGUUAUUUGAGAUCACAGAGCUGGACUUGGGUCAACACAUCCCAAGCCUUUUUGCAAAGUUCAAAGAAGCGUUGUUGCCCCAGACGACACUCUAGGAAAACAGACGCACCACUGGAGCAGAAGUCAGGAGGCAGGAGCUGCUUUGGACCAAAGAUGAGGGAUUGUAUUGUGGUUUUGUUGAAUUUCAAGAGGCCAAAUAUAACCACCCAAUUUGUAUUAUGUUACAGA